AUGGUCCUUAUGUAUAUCCUUGGAAUUCAGCAUGUAUUGGAUACCAAAGUGGUCAAUAUGCUGAGUAUUGGAGAGCUUUUGAGGUGGAUACUAUCUACUCCAAUGCAGUUCAUCAUUGGCCGACGAUUCUACACUGGUACUUACAAAGCAUUGCGCCAGGGCUCUGCAAAUAUGGACGUCUUGAUUGCCUUGGAAAAAAAUAUAGCAGCCUACUUCUAUUACGUCUAUUUUGUGUUGAGAGCUGCUAGCUCAAUUCUCAUUGCAUUCAUUCUACUAGGCAAAUAUCUGGAGGUUUUGGCCAAGGGGAAGACAUUUGAGGUUGAUGGGACACUUCAGAGAGUCACACCAAUGUUCCCUUGGCGUCAUCUGCGAGUGACACUUGUUCGCUGUAUAAAUGAUUCUAUAGAAUCCCUGCAAGCGACAAUUGUCCUCGGCGUGAUUGACUCCCUCGAGAACCGUGAAAUUAGGGUUUCGAGGAACAAUCAGCCAAACAACUGGUGUGAUGACUCUUGCAGAUCGAUAACAAUCGUUCUCGGAGCUCUGAUACUUCAAUUUGACGGCGAAACUUUCUCUGAACCGUGUAGUUUACGAUCGUUGAAGGUUUGA